AUGAGAUUAGCCACACGGAUUAGAUUGAUGAGGUCAUUUAAAUUCAAUGGCUGCACUGGCUGUACUGGCAGGAGGGGAUUUGCGCAGGCUAUUGACGGAUAUCGCAUUCCAUCGCAGCGCACUUGGAAGGAGGAGAUACAUUCAGCGCUACAGGCACACAAGGCACACUCCGCACACUCCGCACACUCAAACUGCACGCCACUCGCCGCUCUUCUCGCACAGCUCCAUCGCCGCCAACUGAGAGAUCUCCGCGUCGGCCUCAGUUACGAGAGCACACCGGAGAGCGGCCGAGCAGUGCGCACGACACAGACGCCCACCAACGAGGUCCUCCUCGUCGCCCACGCAGCCCCGCCAAACCGUUUGUCUCUCUCUGGCGGUUUCGCGGUGGCCUGCAACGGCGAUGACGAGCAGCCGCUGGUUGUGAGCUGCGUGCACACUCUGAGUGGUGGUAUCGGGAGUGUGAGCCUGAGUGAGCCAAAUAGCGCAAGUGCUCGCGCGAAUGGAAACGGAAACGACAGCGCCACUCUCCUGAUAAGCUGCGCGGGGGGGAGGAUAACGGACAUACGAUACGCAGAGGCAGUGCACUCGAGCCAGCCCCAGAGCGAUCUCGUCUACUACAAGCCCUCUGCGAGUAUUAUUGGAGGCGUAUCCGGCGUAUCCGGCGUAUCCAGCGCACACAGCGCACCGCUGCGAACACUCCCCAUCAACCCCUACCCGCCCCCGCCAGGGACAGAGGUGGCGGUGUGGAGGCCUCCGGCGACGCCCGGAGACACACCCGCGUGGACACACGGCUCUAUCCACCGCUAUACCACGCCCAACGGAAAAAUGGCACAGGCUGGCACGUACGACCACCUCGCGAAUGUCGAAAUCGACGGCGUACUGCCAGAACUAGGUGCUAGCGGAUCGCCUGUGGUGGAGCGAGAGUCUGGGGCAGUGUGCGCUGUCGUUAGAGGAUCCGUGGGUGGAUUGAGCGGGGCUAAAACUUGGGGUACGCCUGCAGAACAUCUGUGGGAGUGCUUUGACCUCCCUGGGAUGCCAGUGGGAUGA